CUCCGAAUACGAUUCUCUCUACUUAAUAAAGCUUGAAGCUUACUGUAAUUGAAGAGCAUGCAUUGAACUAGCUCUACAGUGAGAUAGAUAGAUUGAGAGAGAGGAGACAUGAGUAUUCCAACUGCAACUAUUUGUCUUCACCUCCUGAUUUCUCUGCUUUUAUUAAUGUCUAUAGUCUGUUCUGGUUACAGUGAUCUUGAUGUUCUGCUGAAGCUGAAAUCUUCCAUGAUUGCUCCUAAACGAUCAGGACUGGAAGACUGGCAACCAUCAACUAAUUCCACUGCUCAUUGCUCCUUCUCUGGGGUUUCAUGCGAUGAUAGCUCACGUGUGGUCUCUCUGAACGUGUCGUUCAUGCCUCUCUUUGGUACGUUUCCUCCGGAGAUUGGCCUGUUAAACAGCCUUGUGAACCUGACUAUUUCCGGCGUUAAUCUCACCGGGGGACUCCCUUUAGAGAUGGCCAACCUAACUUCUCUCAGAGUCUUUAACAUCUCCAACAACAUCUUUAAAGGCAAUUUUCCAGGACAAAUCAUUCUUGGAAUGUUACAGCUUGAAACUCUCGAUGUUUACAACAACAAUUUCACCGGUCCACUUCCCAGGGAGAUUGUAAGCCUAAAAUAUCUCAAACAUCUCACUUUUGGCGGCAACUACUUCACCGGCGAGAUUCCAGAGAGUUAUUCAGAGAUUCAGAGCUUGGAGUAUCUGGGCUUAAACGGUAAUACACUUACCAGUAAAGUCCCCGGAUUUUUUUCACGGUUAAAGAACCUCAGAGAAUUGUAUAUCGGCUACUUCAAUCUCUACCACGGGAUAAUUCCGCCUGCUUUUGGAACGUUGAGUGAACUCCGAGUUCUCGAUAUGGCUUCCUGUAACAUUUCAGGUGAGAUUCCUUCUAGUCUGAGUCAAUUAAAGCACCUGCACUCAUUGUUUCUUCAGAUGAACCGCCUUACUGGUUAUAUACCUCCUGAACUCUCCAAUUUGGUUAGCUUGAAAUCUCUUGAUCUUUCCUUCAAUUCGCUCACUGGGGAGAUACCGGAAAAUUUCUCUGCGUUAACAGACAUCAAGCUGAUCCAUCUGUUCAAGAACAAUUUAUAUGGUCCAAUUCCCGCGUUCAUAGGAGAUCUUCCAAAUCUUGAGGUACUUCAGAUAUGGGGUAAUAACUUCACUCUGGAACUGCCUCAGAAUCUUGGCCGGAACGGAAAGCUCAUGAUACUUGACGUUACGUCGAAUCAUCUUACCGGGAUGAUUCCUCGUGAUUUAUGCAAAGGAGGGAAGUUAAAGUCGUUGAUUCUGAUGAACAAUUUCUUCUUUGGUCCAAUUCCUGAAGAGCUGGGCGAGUGCAAGUCUCUGACCAAAAUUCGAGUAACGUAUAACUUCCUCACUGGAACAAUUCCUGCUGGAAUUUUUAGUCUGCCAUCGUUGAAUAUGAUUGAGUUAGACAACAACUUGUUAUCAGGCGAACUUCCAGAAAAGAUGUCCAGUGACUCACUCAACCAGUUGAAAGUGGCUAACAAUAGUAUAACUGGGAAAAUUCCUCCAGCAAUCGGAAAAUUUCCGGAUUUGAAUGUCCUGUCUCUCCAGAACAACAAAUUUGCUGGCGAAAUUCCCAAGGAGAUCUUCAAUCUCAAGCAUAUUUCGACGGUAGACCUUAGUGGCAACAACAUUAGCGGUGAAAUUCCCCUUUCAAUUUCGAGUUGCAUUUCUCUAACAUCAGUUGAUUUCAGUAGAAACAGACUCGAUGGGGAGAUACCAAUAGGGAUUUCUGAGCUGAAAAAUCUGGGCAUUCUUAAUCUCUCAAGAAACCAGGUCACUGGUCCAAUACCAAAUGAAAUUCGAUUUAUGACCAGUCUCACUGCUCUUGAUCUAUCUUAUGACAAUUUUCAAGGUAGCAUACCCACUGGAGGUCAGUUUCUGGCCUUCAACAUGACCUCGUUUGAAGGAAAUCCCAACUUAUGUUUCCCGCCUCAGGUAACUUGCUCAGCACUGUUAAAAUCGGAUAAGCAUUCAGGCCACAACCAUGCAGCAUCAUUUGGUACUUCAAAGCUUGUGAUCACAGUCAUUACCUUAGUCACUGCAGCGUUGUUGAUUAUCGUCACUAUUUAUAAAUUAAGAAAGAAGAGACUUCAAAAUUCGAGGGCUUGGAAGCUUACUGCAUUCCAACAUUUAAAUUUCAAAGCUGAGGAUGUGCUUGAGAGCUUGAAAGAUGAGAACAUAAUCGGCAAAGGCGGUGCUGGGAUUGUCUAUCGUGGCUCCAUGCCAGACGGUGUUGACGUGGCAAUCAAGAUGUUGGUAGGUCGAGGUACAGGACGGAGCGAUCACGGUUUCUCAGCGGAGAUUCAAACUCUUGGUCGAAUCAGGCACAGAAACAUCGUCAGGUUAUUGGGUUAUGUAUCAAACAAGGAUACCAACUUGUUAUUAUACGAAUAUAUGCCUGUUGGAAGCUUAGGAGAGUUGUUGCAUGGAGCGAAAGGAGGGCAUUUGCAAUGGGAAACGAGAUACAGAAUAGCUUUGGAGGCUGCCAAGGGACUGUGUUAUCUACAUCAUGAUUGCUCGCCCUUGAUCAUUCACAGGGAUGUCAAGUCAAACAAUAUAUUGCUUGAUUCCGAUUACGAGGCUCAUGUGGCUGAUUUUGGCCUCGCCAAGUUCUUGCAGGACCCAGGUGCCUCUGAGUGCAUGUCUGCCGUUGCUGGUUCCUAUGGUUACAUUGCACCAGAGUAUGCCUACACACUAAAAGUAGAUGAGAAAAGCGAUGUAUACAGUUUCGGCGUUGUACUGCUGGAGCUAAUAGCCGGAAAAAAGCCAGUGGGAGAGUUUGGAGAUGGAGUGGACAUAGUGAGGUGGGUCAGGAAAACCAUAUCAGAGCUCGCCCAACCGUCGGAUGCAGCGGCGGUGAUGGCAGUAGUGGACCCCAGGCUUAGUGGGUAUCCACUGACAAGCGUCAUUCAUCUGUUCAAAAUUGGUAUGAUGUGCGUUGAGGAUGAAAGCUCGGCUCGACCCACCAUGAGGGAAGUAGUUCAUAUGCUGGCCAACCCCCCUCAGUCUAUAUUCCAAAUCUGAUCACCCUUUAGAUGAAUACAUAGGGCUCUGAGUAAAUAAAAGGCAAAGCAAAUUGUAAUAAUUUUGAGACAAGAAUGCGACAGUAACUUGAAUAGUGGGACAAGGUGGUUAGUGUGUGUGUUUCCGAAUUUGGCCUCUCUGAUUUAAUAUCUGUUUGUAAAAGUUUACAUGGGAGUGGAAGUAACGCAGAAGUUGUAUAUUUUUUACUCCUAGCUUGUAUAUUCAAACUGAGCCUAACAUGGAUUUAAGUUCAAUUA